CAAAAACAUCAUUAGAAUCAGUACGAUAUUCGGUAUAAUAUUUUUGUCUGUGAGUCCGACUAGGUUCGUGCGAGUCGAAGUUAAAAUAGAAACAUUCUACAAUGUUAUUGUUGAUGAUGUAUGCAUUUCUAUUCCACACUUUCUACUUAAUGAUAGACUCCAAUCCAAUUGAUACAAGCGUCGACCCCAAUUCAUCUGAUGAUUCACAGAACGACCAGAGAAGGAAACAAGGGUUGUGGAAUGGACCCGCUAACGCUAUAUUUUUCGACAACGAUAAUUUGUUCAACGACGAAGUGAGGCUAGAAAGUCCCACUACAAACAACGCCAAUGCUCAAAGCAUCUUCAAUCGGAAUGAUCAAUAUAUUGCCGAACUAUCAGCAAACCCUAGUAGUACCACAGACAUACGACAACCUGCUAUUAGCUCGACCACUCCAUGCAGUUGCGUCGCUACUGCUGAGUACAAUCCGGUUUGUGGAAGCGACGACGUCACGUAUUGGAACAUUGGGAGAUUCAUGUGCGCUAAGCGAUGCUCGAAAAUUUCCAUGACCACUUAUAAUUCGUUUGUGGCUGAACUAGGCUUUAUGCAUCAAGUGUGCUACUUUUCUUUGGUACAAUGUAAUGAAGGGUCAAGGAAGAAACCAGAUGUUUCUUUAUUCCAUGCUGGCCAUCUAUUCAUAGCAUCGAAUCCACUUGACAAAAGCGUCGAACUUAAAAUACCUGAUGAUGGCCACAAAAACCAAAGAGGAAAGCGGCAAGCAUUCUGGGAUGCACCCAACAACGGAAUAUUUUUUGAUAACGAUAACUUAUUUAACGACCAAGUGAGGCCGAACCGUCCCGUUUUAAACAACGCAAAUACUCGAAGUAUCUUCAAUCCCAAUAUUCCAAAUCCUUCAAAUUGGAAUGUCGACCCAUUUCAAAAUAGAGAAGUACCACCAAAUCCGAGUGGUACCACCGACAUACCUCAACCUGGUAUGGGCACGACGAGAUCUCCAUGCGAAGACCAAUGUAUUACGACUAAUGAAUACAAUCCAGUCUGCGCGGACAAUGACGUCACUUAUUUUAACAUGGGGAGGUUCAGGUGCGCUUUACGAUGUAGAAGGACAAAAAUUCACAAUACCAGCUGGGUUGUUAUACAAUGGCGGAUGCAUGUUAGCCUCUAA